UCUUUCCAGGUGGUGGUCAGCAAAGCUGCUAUGAUUGUAAACCAGCUCUCCAAGAAGGAGGCAUCACGCCGUGCUCUAAUGCAAUCACCUCAGAUUGUUGCCGCUGUGGUUCGCACCAUGCAGAAUACCAGUGACUUAGAUACAGCUCGCUGCACCACCAGCAUCCUCCAUAACCUUUCCCACCAUCGUGAGGGGCUGCUCUCCAUCUUUAAGUCUGGUGGUAUCCCAGCUCUUGUGCGCAUGCUCAGUUCUCCUGUGGAGUCAGUCUUGUUUUAUGCCAUCACCACCCUUCACAAUCUGUUGCUAUACCAGGAAGGGGCCAAGAUGGCUGUGCGCCUGGCUGAUGGGCUGCAGAAAAUGGUCCCCCUGCUGACCAAGAAUAAUCCAAAGUUCCUUGCCAUCACCACUGACUGCCUGCAGCUUCUUGCUUAUGGGAACCAGGAAAGCAAGCUCAUUAUCUUGGCCAAUGGAGGCCCACAAGCUCUUGUUCAGAUUAUGCGGAGUUAUACAUAUGAGAAGCUGCUGUGGACAACCAGCCGUGUCCUCAAGGUCCUAUCUGUCUGUCCCAGCAACAAACCAGCCAUUGUGGAAGCCGGUGGUAUGCAAGCCCUGGGAAAACACUUGACCAGUGCCAGUCCUAGGCUUGUGCAGAACUGCCUUUGGACUCUGAGGAACCUCUCAGAUGUGGCCACAAAGCAGGAGGGUCUUGAUGGUGUCUUGAAGAUCCUGGUUAACCAGCUGAGCUCAGAUGAUAUCAACGUGCUGACCUGUGCCACUGGCACCCUCUCCAACCUGACAUGCAACAACAGCAAGAACAAAACCCUAGUGACCCAGUCAAAUGGGGUAGAGGCCCUGAUACACACCAUACUCCGGGCAGGAGACAAAGAAGAUAUCACUGAGCCAGCGGUCUGUGCUCUGAGGCACCUAACCAGCCGACACCCUGAGGCUGAGAUGGCCCAGAACUCUGUGCGGAUCAAUUAUGGCAUCCCUGCCAUUGUUAAGCUUCUCAAUCAGCCCAAUCAGUGGCCGUUGAUCAAGGCUACCAUCGGCCUCAUCCGUAACCUGGCCUUGUGCCCCGCCAACCAUGCCCCCUUGCAGGAAGCUGCUGUUAUCCCACGCCUGGUCCAACUUUUGGUGAAGGCUCAUCAAGAUGCCCAGCGUCACGCAGCAGCUGGCACACAGCAACCAUACACGGAUGGAGUGAAGAUGGAAGAGAUAGUGGAAGGCUGUACGGGCGCACUGCACAUUUUAGCUCGCGACCCCAUGAAUCGAAUGGAAAUCUUCCGCCUAAAUACCAUUCCACUCUUUGUGCAGCUUCUAUAUUCUCCAGUGGAGAACAUCCAGCGUGUAGCUGCAGGUGUGCUCUGUGAGCUGGCCCAGGAUAAAGAGGCAGCUGAUGCCAUUGACGCAGAGGGUGCCUCUGCUCCACUGAUGGAGCUUCUGCACUCCAGGAAUGAAGGCACAGCCACAUACGCAGCAGCUGUGCUGUUCCGCAUUUCUGAAGACAAGAACCCUGACUAUCGGAAACGUGUCUCUGUGGAACUUACCAACUCACUCUUCAAACACGACCCUGCUGCUUGGGAAGCUGCCCAGAGCAUGAUACCUAUUCACGAGCCAUAUGGGGAUGAACUGGAUGCAGGGUAUCGGGGCAUGACUGACCUGUGA